AUGGAUACUAUUGAUAGAAAUGUUUCUUGUGGAAAAGAAAACUGCAUCGACCGUCCACCGGCAGUUGCGACGGACGAUGACUUUGCAGAGGAGAGAUCGAUUGAAGAUCUACAAACAACAAAAUCAGUAUCCCAUGCAGCUCUUGAGUGUCAAGAUGAAUUCACCCAAACUUCAUCUGAAUUCGAGGAUAAAAAUACGCAAACAACAUCUUUAGAGAGUACAGAGAAAGGUGUUCAAGUUCAAAGUGGAGAUAUCUUGAUGCCGUUCUCGAUGUGUAUAAUGACUGAUCGUCACUUGAAUGUAAUGUAUGGUAUCCGGAACCAUGCAAUUCUAAAUGAAUUAGUCGCACUAAUCUCUGAGUUAUACCCAGAAGUUAGGGCUCACAAGAUGACAUUGAAAGAUCGCGUCAUUUUGACGACAAUGAAAUUAAAAUUGAAUUUACCAUUUUCGGAUCUGGCCAUUAUGUUCAAAAGUGUUGAAGAACCAACCUGUCGAAGAAUUUUCCAUAGCAUGUUGCCAAAAUUAUCUGGGAUACUUAAAUGUACGAUUCGAUGGGUCUCUAGAGAGGAAAUUCGGAGGAAUAUUCCAAAAUGUUUCCAACAUUUCCAAAACACUAGGGUAAUCGUAGACUGCACUGAAUUUGGAGUUCACAAACCGAAAUGUUUACAAUGUCGAAUAAAAUUUUAUUCCCAAUACAAAUCAAAUGUCACAGCCAAGUUCAUGACAGGGGUGAGUCCAGGAGGCAUGUCAACAUUUCUGAGCAAAAGUUACGGUGGACGAGCCUCUGACAAAGCGAUAUUUCAACAGAGUAAUAUUAUUGAUUUAGUAGAGAAGGGUGAUGCUGUGAUGACCGAUAAGGGCUUCCAAAUUGAAGAUCUUUGUAUGAAUCGAGGCGUUCAAUUAUUUAUACCACCGUUUUUAAAACAGAAGAAAUAAUUGUCUCCAGCCGAAGCUAUUUAUAAUCGUUUUAUUGCUGCAGCUCGAGUUCACGUCGAACGCAUGAAUCAAAGAAUUCGAGAUUUUGGAAUACUUCAGAGUACAAUCCCAUGGAAUUUGAUUGCAAGUACUGAUGAUAUUGUCAAUGUAUGUGCAGGGUUGGCUAAUUUAGGUACACCGAUCAUGGCAUUUGAUAAAUUUAUUUGA